CAGCACAGUCACCUGAUCUGCGCCAGAGCAGUACAAAUGUCACGUGAGUCCUCGCAGCAGGUCACAGUCCGGUCCCGGAAUCACCAUGGCUUCAGCAGCAGAACCUGUCUUCUGGCUGGGUAAUGACACCCUGAGGGUGUCUGCUGCCCUUUUUGCCGAGAACCGUCAACGCCUGUGCAUAGGGCUGAAAGCCGAAGAUGGAGUGGUACCAAAGUCGGUGGUUUUGCUGCAGGGAGGAGAGCAGAAGCAGAGGUACUGCACGGACACAGACCUCCUUUUCAGGCAGGAGUCUUUCUUCCACUGGGCUUUUGGGGUAACUGAGCCUGACUGCUACGGAGCCAUUGAUGUGGACUCUGGGAAAUCCCUCCUUUUUGUUCCCAAACUGCCUGAAAGCUAUGCUACUUGGAUGGGAGAGAUCUUUUCUAAAGAGCACUUCAAGCAGAAGUAUGCUGUUGAUGAGGUGCACUACACCUGUGACAUCGCUGAUGUCCUGUCCAACCUGAGACCAGCAGUGCUCCUAACACUGCGAGGACAGAAUACAGAUAGCGGGAGCAUCUGCCGUGAAGCUUCCUUUGCAGGAAUUAGUUCCUUCCAAGUAAACAACAUUCUUUUACACCCAGUCAUUGUGGAAUGCCGCCUGAUUAAGACUGAUAUGGAGCUGGAGGUCCUGCGAUACACCAACAGGAUAUCAAGUGAAGCCCACAAAAUGGUAAUGAAGCACGUGAAACCUGGACAGAAAGAAUAUGAAAUGGAGAGCCUGUUCCAGCACUACUGCUACACUAAAGGAGGGAUGCGCCACAGCUCGUACACCUGUAUCUGUGGAACGGGACAUAAUUCGUCUGUGCUCCAUUACGGGCAUGCUGGGGCUCCCAACGACAAGUCAAUUAUGGACGGAGAUAUGUGUCUGUUUGACAUGGGUGGAGAGUACUACUGCUACACAUCAGACAUCACCUGCUCCUUUCCAGCCAAUGGCAAGUUCACCCCAGACCAGAAGUUAAUCUAUGAGGCCGUCCUCAAGUCCUCCCGAGAUGUCAUGGCUGCCAUCAAACCAGGUGUGAAGUGGACUGACAUGCACCGCCUCGCUGACCGGGUUCAUCUGGAGGAGCUGGUGAAGAUCGGCAUCCUGAAUGGCAGUGUGGAGGACAUGAUGAAGGUCCACCUGGGCUCUGUCUUCAUGCCCCACGGCCUGGGACACCUGCUGGGCAUCGACGUGCACGAUGUGGGAGGCUACCCUAAGGGGGUGGAGCGCAUCGAUGAGCCUGGACUGAGGAGUCUUCGGAUGAGUCGCCUGGUACAGGAGAGGAUGGUCCUUACCGUGGAGCCCGGCAUUUACUUCAUCAACCACCUGCUGGACCAGGCCCUGGCAGACCCUAAACAGAGCUGCUUCAUCAACAACCAAGUGCUGGCUCGCUUCCGCGGCUUUGGAGGGGUUCGCAUUGAAGAUGACAUAGCAGUGACAGCGGAUGGAAUAGAGCUGCUGACCUGCGUCCCUCGCACCGUGGAGGAAGUCGAGGCUUUCAUGGCCGACUCAGCCAAAACCUUCAGCCCUGUCGUCAGCAGCGACACGUUCUGAAUGACAUCUCUCAGACAUUACUAACAAGCAAAAACAUGAAGUUUCCUACAUUAUCUUUCUAAAAUUUUUAUAAUGGUUUGAACAUGUUGAUAAAUGUUAAAAACAGCCACAGUACCGUAACAGAGUUAAUUUCGGUACCUCCUGGGGAGAGAAAUUUAAUUUAAAAAGAAAAAAAUUAUUCUUAUGUCCUUCUUUUGACUCUCAAAAAACAGUGAAAUUUAAUUAAACGGUUUAAUGUGCAGCUAUGUGCAGCAGAUCUGUUUUAUUUAGUUAGUAUUUUGUAUGAAAGACAAUUCUUUUAUUAAAAUUAUACAAAUCAGUAUAUCCAGGACUACAAAGUUUCUGUGAACCUGACAACUACAGUAGACCUCUUGUCCUGUGACAGAAGAGUUUGUGACAGUUUUACUUCAGGAUGAUGAAACAUUAAAUCAACAUGCACUGUAUAUUAUCAUGGGAAGUGGAACGUGCAAAAUAUGCUUGUCCCAUACUCCCUUUGUCCUCUUAAUAGAUCAUUUACAUGUUAAGCAGAGUCAUCAUUUCCUCAUCCUCUGAUGUUAAUCUGAAUCAGUUUAGGAAUCACACCAGCAAAAGCUUCUGUAAAGUGUUCAGAUAAUCUGUAAUGUUUUAUA